CUGCCAUAGGGCGCCCUCGUGAGGCCGCUUCACCCCUCGCCAUGUUCCAGCGCCUCGCCAGCCUCCUCUUCAGCACCCCUCCGCCCCCCGAAGACUCCGACGGCCCCGGCGCCUUCGUCUCGGAGGAGGAUGAGGUGGACGGCUGGCUCAUCAUUGACCUGCCGGACAGCUACGCGGCUCCAUCCAGCCCCGGGGCCGCCUCUGCCCGCGGGGGCCGCCCUCCGCCCGCGCCCUCCCUGCUGGACGAAAGCUGGUUUGUCACCCCUCCCGCCUGUUUCACCGCAGAGGGGCCUGGCCUCGGGCCCGCCCGCCUCCAGAGCAGCCCCCUGGAGGACCUCCUCAUCGAAUCCCCAUCCUUGUCUCUCUCCCCUUCACCCUUGCCAUCCAGUCCUUUACCGCUGUCCCCCAACCCUGGUCAACUUCUGGUAGCCUCUUCGAGUCCCCGAUCUAGCUUAUUCCCACCUUCAACUCCUAUCUGA